AACAACUAAGCAUCAGAUAUCACAAAGUUACAUCUCACGAAGCACACACUGAGUGACAAGCUCUCACACCCGAAAAGUUCAUGUUUGGCAAUGAUGGCUUGUCGUCAUCCGUGGUGGAAACCAUAGCGGGAUUCACGGCAGGCACAGCAACAACACUUUGUCUGCACCCGCUGGAUUUGAUAAAGACUCGACUGCAAGUCGACCGAACCUCAUCGUCUCGAGUCGGCGUUUCUCUCCGAGUCAUCCGCGAAAUCUUCCACAAAGAGGGCGGACUCAUCGCAUUUUACCGCGGUCUAACGCCCAACCUCAUCGGCAACUCCUCCAGCUGGGCGCUCUACUUUCUAUUCUACGACAAUGUGAAGGAGAUUCUAGGGAGUUGGCGAUCGCGCUCCAAUUCAAAUGGCUCGCAGCAGCGCCGGGAGCCGCUGGAAGCAUCCGAUUAUUUUAUCGCCUCCGGGUCUGCAGGAAUUAUAACUUCCAUCCUAACCAACCCUAUCUGGGUCAUCAAAACCCGCAUGCUCGCCACCGGCUCCAUGUCGCCCGGCGCGUAUACCUCCUUCACAGCAGGCGCAAUGCAGAUACUUCGCUCAGAGGGAGUUCCUGGCUUCUACCGCGGACUGGUUCCGUCACUCUUCGGCGUCAGUCACGGCGCACUGCAGUUCAUGGCUUAUGAGAAACUAAAAUUUCAUCGAGCGAACGCACAUUCCGGGGGUCUGCAAAGAAAAGAGCUCAGCAAUAUGGAUUUCUUCAUCAUUUCAAGCGUCUCAAAAAUUUUUGCCGGCUCAAUAACGUACCCGUAUCAGGUGCUCCGGUCGCGGCUACAGACGUAUGAUGCUUAUCUCGCAUACCGGGGACUUCAGGACGCAAUUGUAAAGAUCUGGGCUACAGAGGGCUUGGGAGGGUUUUAUAAGGGUCUCGGGCCAAACUUGUUUCGUGUUUUGCCAAGCACCUGGGUCACUUUCUUGAUGUAUGAGAAUACCAGGGCAUAUCUAUCGAAGGUGAUGUCGAACGCUUGAUGAUUGCGGUAUGGAGUCGUAGCGAAUUCGGGUGAACGUGAGGCAGCUUUCUCUUGACAUACUGAUUUAUCUGUACCCUACCAUAUCCAAUCUCAGGACUCCUUUGUUCAGCAUUUAUACAUAGAGUAUAUACAAUUAUUUGCAGUGA